GAAUCUCUAUGGGUAAUCCGAAGUUCCAUGUCGCGGCUCAAUACAUUUUGUUUAAUGUGUUCCAGUGUAACGAAAUCUUAAGAAAAGUUUUACGAGGUUGUGAGAAUAUGGUUCUUACGGCUCAGCAAAUAUGGGACCAAGCACCAGGUGGGGUGUGGGCAUACCUCGUCAUUUUGGCCAGCAUUUACAUUCUGUACAUUCUGAGAAGCUACAUCAGGAGCGUCAUAUUCGUUUCGAGACUCAAUGGUCCAAAGACAGUGCCAAUCCUCGGGAACGCGAAAUGCGUUCUCAAAGACAACCUACUUUAUAGACUGGCGCACGAGAAUCAAGUUUAUGGUCGCAUCAUCAGGAUAUGGCUGACAGGGCUGCCGUACGUGAUGCUUUUCGAGCCGGAGGACAUUCAAGCGGUCCUCAGCAGUAUGAAGCACACGCAGAAGAUAUUUUUUUACAAACUACUCGACAAUUUCCUCGGGAAAGGCUUGAUUACUAGAGACGUGGUGACAUGGCGGACUCAUCGAAAGUUUCUGCAGCCAGCUUUUCAUCUUCAGAUUCUAGAGAGAUUUACGACUACCUUCGCGGAAUGCGCGAACCAUUUAAUGAAUGAGUUCUUUGAAAAGGAUAACCAGGAAAUCAACAUCACCUCUUUCAUCAACGAUUCCGUCUACGACAUACUGAGUGAGACUGUUUUGGGAAUAAACCGCGCGAGUCGACGUUCAUCCGACAUGCCAAUGGACGACGAUCUACCAUUUAGAAAGGGACAAAUAAUGUUUCUGUAUCGUCUCGUGAGGCCUUGGCUGUUGAUCGAAUGGAUUUAUCGAUUAACCAAACACGGCAAGCAGGAGGAGAAGCAACGAAGAGAUCUUUUCGAUACCUGUUUCAAAAUGAUGCAAGAUAAACGCAAUCAAUUGAGGAAUAAGGAUACGAAAGUUAGCGAUGAUACGGAAAAGUCUCAGAAAAUGUCUCUGCUCGAGUACAUGGUGGAGAUGAACGAGAAGAACCCUUGCUUUAGCGACGAAGAUAUCGUCGAAGAGUGUUGCACGUUCAUGUUAGCGGGUCAAGAUUCGGUCGGUACUGCAACGGCGAUAACGAUCUUCCUCCUAGCCAAUCACCCCGAAUGGCAAGAGAAGUGUAUAGAAGAGCUCGACGAAAUUUUCGAGGGUAGUUCAAGGCUGCCUACAAUCAAGGAUUUGAAAGAGAUGAGAUGCUUGGAAAUGUGCAUCAAAGAAACGCUCCGACUGUAUCCCAGUGUGCCGAUCAUAGCAAGAAUGGUUGGCGAAGAUGUGAAAAUAGGGAAACACGUGAUACCAGCUGGCUGUGGUGUGCUCAUGUCCCCUUACAGCACGCAUCGUUUGCCACAUCAUUUUCCUAAUCCAGAAGCGUUCAAACCCGAGCGUUUCAGUCCUGAGAAUUCUGAGAAAAGACACCCGUACGCUUAUUUACCCUUCAGCGCUGGACCAAGGAACUGCAUAGGGCACAAAUUCGCGAUGCUUGAGAUGAAAUCCAUGAUCAGCGCAAUCCUCAGGAAGUGUCGGUUACAAUCAGUUCCUGGAAAAGAAGAAGUGCGAGCGAAAUUUAGGAUGACGAUCAGAGCGCAAGGUGGACUCUGGGUUAAAAUAGUUGCGCGUGAUCGAAAAUUGAAAACUGGUGACAGUUUGAUUUGAUGCUAUACAUCAAUUAUGGCGUUGACAACAGAUCAAACAGAGUAAUUGUAUGACUUGUGAACUGUAAAUCUUUUAAUGUGUAAAAAUAGCGUUCUGAAACUUUUGACACUGUACCACAAGUAUUGCAAUAUUAAUAGAUCGAUAGUCACAUCAAUUAUAUACGGAUGUAUACACAGUUCAUUAAGAAACUAAAGAACUUAAUUCCAAAGAUGAGGGGUUAAUGAAAAUAAAUUUAGAUAGGAUUCGUAAACUUGGUGGGAAUUACGAAAUCAAGUACUGCGAUAAAUGUUAGAUUAUAUAGCUUCCAAUUGACUCUAAACGGAAUAGCAUCAUAGAAAUUUUCAUGAGUACUAGUCUGGUAGUCGUUAACGUGUUGUCAACGUGUUAAGAAUAUCUCUAAAUGAAUCCUCAAUUAAAGAAAUAUUUAGAACGUAGAACAGCAUUUUGUAUUGUAGAAACUACUUUUUGUAUUUAAAGGUGUGACAGAAUGUGAAGUUCAAACAUGUAUAAAUGUUUAAUGUGUGUAUAUUGAAAUAAAUAAUUUUAUGAUA